GGGCUACUGGUACCCUCAGCCACCAUCAGCUCCCUGGGGAACCCCUGGUGGCCCUGGCCCAUCAACGAUGCCUGCUGGUUUAUUCAAUCAGUGGGGCAUCCCUGUCCAGUAUUUUCCGCAGCCGAUUUACAGCGGUCUCUCGGAGCAUCCUCCCGCUAGCGCUCCAACUCUGACGGCCCCUGGCUCACAUGCACAGCGCCCUCCUGCUGCUGCGGCUGAUGACGGCGGCCAUCUUGAAAUAGUCAACGUUAGUGACGACGAGUCUGAGUCCUCCUUUUCCGCAGUUUCUACUGCCGGUAGAGAGCCCUUUCGCCUUCCUCACAAGAAAGACACAGGUAUAAAUCCUAUCUCAGAGAAGGUGAUUUCAUGGUGGGAGGAACUGAGAACCCACAAGUUGUCCUCCGACGAUUAUAAAGAGGAAAUUUCACCGUACAACGUCCCGUCGGGCCAGGGAAAAUUCUUUUCCGCCCCGGAACUUCCGUCUGGUUUGAAGAAGGUGUUCAAACAGAUAACCCGCCCGAGUAAUUCUGGUUGGUUUCCGAUGAGGUUUACCUUACUACCGUUACCUUACUACUAGCUUCAAAAAGACACAGAUACCCUGGGAGAACGCAGCUUCACUACCACGCCGGGGAAGGGCCUUUUGUUAUGCUAAUGAG